GCCUGCCUCCUGGAGCCACCAUCCCUGCCUCCUCCUCCUCCAUCCCCAGAAGAAGAGCCUCGGCGUCGGCAUCCUCCUUCUCCUCCUCCGGAGCCCCUUCCUCCUUCCCUUCUCCCCUCGGGUCCCUUGGCGGCCAGAUGAUGAACUUUCUGCGGCGCCGGCUCUCGGACAGCAGCUUCAUCGCCAACCUGCCCAAUGGCUACAUGACCGACCUCCAGCGCCCCGAGCCCCCGCCGCCCCCGCAGCCUCAGGCGGCGGCCUCGCCCUCCUCCUCCUCCUCCGCCUCGGCCUCCCCGGCCUCGGAGCGGAGGCACACGCCGGCCCCGGCCCCGGCCCCCCCAGCAGCAGCACAGCAGCAGCAACAGCAGUCGGUGGGCAGCAGCUUCUUCAGCUCGCUCUCCAACGCCGUGAAGCAGACGGCGGCCUCGGCGGGGCUGGUGGACCCGGGGCCAGGGGCUGCCUCCGCCUCCUCCUCCUCCUCCUCCUCGGGGAGAAAGUUCAAGCUCCUGCUGGUCAUCGACGAGCCCCAGAAGGAAUGGACCAAAUGUUUUCGUGGAAAAAAGGUCCUUGGGGAAUAUGACAUCAAAGUUGAACAGGCACAAUUUUCAGAAGUAAAUUUGAUAGCUCAUGCAGAUGGUAAUUACGCUGUAGAUAUUCAGGCAUUCAGAAAUGGAACAAAAGUUGUCAGAUCAUUCAAGCCUGACUUUGUCCUUAUUCGGCAACACUCAUUCAGCAUGGCAGAAAAUGAAGACUUCCGUAACUUAAUUAUUGGGAUGCAUUAUGCUGGAAUUCCAAGUGUUAACUCACUAGAGUCAAUCUACAACUUCUGUGACAAGCCCUGGGUGUUUGCCCAGUUGGUGUCCAUCUACAGAACUCUGGGACCAGAGAAGUUUCCUCUGAUUGAACAAACAUUUUAUCCAAAUCAUAAGGAAAUGCUGACAUUGCCAACAUUUCCUGUUGUUGUGAAGAUUGGACACGCUCAUUCAGGCAUGGGAAAGGUCAAAGUAGACAACCAUUAUGAUUUUCAGGAUAUAGCCAGUGUGGUGGCACUCACUCAGACCUACGCCACCACUGAACCCUACAUAGACUCCAAAUAUGACAUCAGGAUCCAAAAGAUAGGCAACAACUACAAAGCAUACAUGAGAACCUCUAUAUCUGGAAACUGGAAGACAAAUACUGGAUCUGCCAUGUUGGAGCAAAUUGCCAUGUCAGAUAGGUACAAACUCUGGAUUGACAGCUGUUCUGAGAUGUUUGGAGGUUUGGACAUUUGUGCUGUCAAAGCAGUUCAUGGCAAGGAUGGGAAGGAUUAUAUUUUUGAGGUUAUGGAUUCUGCAAUGCCUUUGAUUGGUGAGCACCAGGCUGAAGACAAACAACUGAUAACUGAGCUUGUUUUAACCAGAAUGAACCAAAUGGUGUCUAAAACGCCUACACCAUCUCCUCAGAAACCAACUGCAACUCAACAGCCACAGAGUGGAUCACACAAGGAAUCAGAAACAAACAAAGUCCCACCCCAGCGACCACCUCCUCAAGGGGGCCCAGUGCAACCCCAAGGAAUGCAGUCACAAAACCAGGAGCCAUUGCAACCACAGCGUGUGUUCCCUCCGGGGCAGUCUGCAAAGCCCUCAAGUUCCCUGCCUCCACGUCCACCGGGCCCUGCAAUUCGGCCACCACGCGCCCAGGUCCCAGGUCCUUCAACUGCUGGGCCACCAACAGACAAAGAGACUGAGCCCUCAACAGCUCCACCUCAGAAGCCUCAGUCACAUCCCCAACUGAACAAAUCCCAGUCUCUGACCAAUGCCUUCAACUUCACGGAGUCGUCCUUCUUUCGAUCAUCCGUGAACGAAGACGAAGCAAAAGCUGAAACCAUCCGGAACCUGAGGAAAUCCUUUGCCAGCCUCUUCUCUGAUUAGCCAUGCCGAGUUUGGUUUUGUGCAUCUGUAACAUGUUUUGAAAGUCUACUGUGAACAUCAUUUUGCAAACAAUCUCUUUGUGAAUGAUCCUUGUUUGCUUUUCCAACUGUUGUAUUAAGCAAUAUGUUGAGCUCUUUUUUUUUAAAAAAGGGACUAUACUGAGGUACAUUUCAGGUAUUUAAUUAAAAAAGCCAAGAGGAAAAGCUAUAAGGAAGAAUGCUUAAAGUCUUCGUCAACUGUGAUAUUGUGGCCUUACCAUUAAAUGCACUAGGACAUUGCUUUGGACUCCCCUUUGUGAAAUCAUUAGACCGCACACUUUUAUUGUGAAUUUUGACCAUAUUCCAGUUUGUUCCACUGCUGAACCCACUGCAUGUUUGUUUAUUUAUUGACAGUAUUUUGUUCUGCAGGGGUACAGACAUUAAACUUGCUUUCUUGCCUCUCUCCCCUCCACACACACACAUUUCAGUUCCAACUUCACACUGCUGUUUCCUAUGAAGUUCUCUCUCGGCUUGUAAGAAACUAAGCAGUUUUCUUCCCUUAAUAAACUUACCAUUCCUUGAACCUAGCACUGGGAGAUCUUGUUACAAGCAGUCCCCAGAUGAACCCAUGUUCUAGAGCUAUGUGUGUCUAUAUUAUUGCAUCUUCGCAUUUGUACAAUUGUUUGCAACUUGUUAACAGUGACCUUUGAUUUGUCAGUGCCAUGCAUGAUCUCCUGUUACCCAUAGUUCCAUGUAACCUCCAAAUAAAUGCAAAGCUGUAUACCGGGCAGUAAGCCCAAUUCUGCA